CCCAACGUCCCUCUUUUAGUAGUUUACACGCAAACACACAAAAAGAAAAGAAAACAUUAUACUCGAGAGGGCCGUUUGUUGCUGCGGCACUGCCUGCCUGCCCUGUUGGGGCACUUGGGUGUCUUCUUCUUUCCUCUUCCAUUGAUUUACUCUCUCUCUCUCUCUUUUCCAUUGAUUUACUCUCUCUUUUUCUUGCUUUUGCAGUUUUGCUUCCUUCUUUUAUGGGUUUUCUGGGUUCUUCAUACAAACAAAUGGAAGGCUAAGGAGAUGGAGGAGAAUAGAAAUUAGAGAUUGUAAUGAGAGACUGAAAUGGAAGGAGCAGAGGAAGAGCUAGAGAGAAGAAGCAGGUUUCUUAGCAGUCUCAUACAGAAGAAGAAAGCCGUCGAACAGCAAGAGCAGCAUGAAGAACUCAACGUUAGAGUCAGGGCCGCUGACAUGCCCGUCGCUUUACAACACCGCGCCUUUCGCUGUGCCAGAGACACACUCGAUUCCAUGCCCAAGAAACUCGACAGCAAACGCCUGGCACUCUCUCUUAAGAAGGAAUUUGACACAUCAUAUGGUCCAGCCUGGCACUGCAUUGUGGGAACUAGUUUUGGCUCAUACGUUACCCAUUCACUAGGAGGUUUCUUAUACUUCUCUAUUGACAAGGUUUACAUCCUUCUCUUCAAGACUGCUGUUGAGCCCUUGGGUCAUUGACAGUGAUCAUGAUUUGAAUUUUACAAUCACUUGUGUCAGUCGUGUGAUAUAUGGAAAUAUAAAAUUGCAAAUUUGAUCUAUAAUGUAAAUUUAUAAAGACUACGUGUCAUCUCAUCUUUUAUA